UGGUUCCAACCAAAGACGACAAAGCGGGAAGUAAGAUGGUAGAUUUGUGGUACUGUUGCUCACAAAUCACAGAAUUUAGGUGUUGAGAUGUCACAACAGCGAGGUAUAACACAGAGCAAAGAGUCACUACUCAAGUCUUACAACAAGCGCCUUAAAGAUGACGUCAAAUCUAUCCUGGAUAACUUCACAGAGAUACUCAAGGCGGCCAAGGUGGAAGAACAGAACCAAGUGUCGACCCUGACACAGUCAGACCAGGCUCGGUACGAGAUGCAUGUCAGAGCCGCCAAUAUUGUCCGAGCCGGUGAGUCGCUCAUGAAGCUUGUUUCUGACCUGAAGACAUUCCUCAUUCUUAAUGACUUUCCUUCUGUAAACGAAGGCAUCAACCAGAGAACUCAGCAACUCAAGGCCAUCCAGGCGGAGUGUGACACAAAACUGUUGGCUCUGAGAGAUGACAUGGCAGCUGACUUGUACGACUUAGAGGAAGAGUACUAUUCCUCAAGAUAUAAGUGACAUUUGAGACAUAGUCAGUGGAUUUUUUGUGUGAAAAAUUCCUUUAAAGUGUAAGACUUCAUUUCGCCAUGUGAGAAAACGGAGGUAACGAUGGUGUUCAUAGUGUGCACACAUUGUGCAGUGUGCAGUACUUAAGUUAACAUUAUUUCUGCCUUUUGAUGUACAGGAAGGUUAGUCCACCAGAAGUGGACUGUGCUUUUAAUUAGUUUCACAUAACGUGUAUAUGUGCUGAGUGCUAAGCUGAAAAUAUAACCCGUAUGUUCAAUUUUGAGGUCUUUGGUAAAACCUGGUCGGCGUGUAAACCUGCAACCUUAAGCUUCCGAAUACAAAGCUCUGCCCACUAGGCUGUUACAUCAGUAACAUCCAAAGUGGAGAGGUAACCACAAAAAACAGACAUUGCACAAAUACAUGUACACUGUCAAUAUUUUAAAUCCAUAGUGUGAAUUAAGAGUUUGUGUUGCUCCAGACAUCGAUGUACCUUCAAUCUUUUCAGUUAGAAGGUAACUAUUUUUUUGUUUCCUAUAGAUAUUUCAUCAUUUUCUUGCGUUGACAAGAAACAAUCAUGGCUCCCAGUCGAGAAGGACUGCAAGGAUGAUAAUUUGAAAUGGACUCUCAGAGUACAACUUUGUAACAGUUCAGAGCAAAGCUAAACUUUAGCCCAUUGAAGGGCACAUGUACAU